AAGCGUCGCCGAGACAGAGUAGGACUUGAUCGGAGCUAAUCGAAAAUGUCGAAGCGAGGAAGGGGAGGUACUGCGGGGAACAAGUUCAGGAUGUCGCUAGGUCUGCCGGUGGCGGCGACAGUGAACUGCGCCGACAACACUGGGGCCAAGAACCUUUACAUCAUUUCGGUGAAAGGCAUCAAGGGGCGUCUCAACAGGCUGCCUUCAGCUUGCGUCGGCGACAUGGUCAUGGCUACCGUGAAGAAGGGAAAGCCUGAUCUGAGGAAGAAGGUCCUUCCUGCCGUCAUCGUCCGCCAGCGCAAGCCAUGGCGCCGAAAGGACGGCGUCUACAUGUACUUCGAAGAUAAUGCUGGUGUGAUUGUCAAUCCAAAGGGAGAAAUGAAAGGGUCUGCCAUUACUGGUCCCAUAGGAAAGGAGUGUGCUGAUCUGUGGCCAAGAAUUGCAAGUGCUGCCAAUGCUAUUGUCUGAGAGGAGUUUUCUUGUGGUCUUGUCUGGUGACUAUAUCUCUUAUGUUGCCAUAUGAAUUGUUAUUUUGAUAUUUUCUAUGCGAGGAUUUUAUCACUUUGUUCAGACAUAAUUAGAUUUGCUAAUUGAGAAUGACAUCAAUGCGAUUUUUAGGUUUCUAAAUGUCUUUGAGCCUAUUGUAAGAUUUUCUUGUUCUCUAGUUUUUCUGUCUCCUAUUAAUUUCUACUUGUUUGCAAUAUAGGUUGUGGACUUUGGCAGUUGAUGUUGUGGUAUGGUUUCUUUUUGUUUUUGUGUACAUCACUUAUGUGCCAAAUAUGAUUAAUGUUCUACUUUUAAUGUACCAGUAUUUUUUCUUGCACAAACACCAUAUAUUUCUUAGUGGCUGUUAUCAUAUCUCUGUUUCAAGUUGGAUGCAUGCAUAUCCCUUCGUCUGUUAUGAGACAGCUCCAUGCACUGAUCUCUUGUAUGUUCUAUGCAUGAUACAUGGCUCAAUGAAUUGGUGAGAUGUAA